AUGGCCGGGCGCGGCGGGGAGGCCGGAGGGUGGGGAGCGGGGCGCGCGGGCACGAACCACCGCGCGCCCUUCCGCCAGUUGCCCGAAGUGGCCGCUCAGCUGCUGGGCUCAGCCGCGGGUCCCGCCCCGUCCGGCCAGGCGGAGCCCCGCAGCCCAUUGCCAAAGGGCAGAGCGGGAGGGAAGCAGCGCCGCCCGCCAAGCGCUGCCCCGGAGCGGCCGAGGGAGGCGCCCCUGCCCACCAUCUCCGGGCCGGGGGUCGCGGGGGGAGGCAGGGAGGGCGAGGCGGCUCCGGCCGCAACUUUUGCCUCCUCCGCUCCUGCAGCGAAAUCAAACCAGUUCGCGGGGCGGCUCCGCCAAUGGGCGGCGAGGGCGGGGUGGGGACGGCCAAUGAGCGUCGGGCCGCUGACGUCACGGGGAGCCCCGCGCCCCUUUGUCUGCCCGAUGGCUCCGGGGCGCAGCGCGGAGGGGCCGCCGCGGGCCUUUGUGCAGAGCCUGCGCCCGCUCUACGACAUCCUGGACGAGCGGCGGCGGGGCUACGUGCACCUGCGGGAGAUCGAGUCGCGCUGGCUGCAGCCGGGCGGGGAAGCGGGGCCGCUGCCGCCGGGGGUCCUGGAGGGGCUGCGCCGGGCGGCUCCGGCCAGCGGCUACCUCACCUUCGAGCGCUUCGUGCUGGGGCUCCGGUUGGCGCUCCUGGGCCCCGAGCCAGCCGACGGCCCCGCGGAGCCCGCCGGAGGGAAACUGGCGGGCGGAGCUGACGGGCCCCUCACCGACCCGCCGCCGCCGCUGAAACGGGGCGCUCGGCCGGGCGGCGGCGCCCCUCGGAGCCUGGAGCAGAGCAGCCACGGCGGGCAGGCGGAGCAGCAGCUGCAGGGCAAGCGAGCGGCAGGAGAGGCCGGUGGGAGCCGGAAACCGAGGGAGCAACUGGAAAACGAGGGUCCCUGCAAGGAGCGCCGGAGGCAGCUGAGCAUUCGAGGGGAACGCCGGAGACACACUAUCACCCACGGAGUGGACUAUGAGAUGCUGAAGCAGAUGAAGGAGCUGGAGAAGGAGAAGGACUUCCUGCUGCAGGGGCUGGAGCUGGUCGAGGAGGCCCGGGGCUGGUACCACCAGCAGCUCCAUCGCCUGCAGGGGCACCAGAAGCAGCUGGCACGAAGCAAAGGUCGCCAGGAAGAGGAAAGCCGGAUGCAGCUCAGCCAACUCUUCCCCCAAGUGCAGGAGCUGAACCGGUGCCUCUGGCAGCUGCUCUCCCUCUCUGCCAAACCUGGGAACUCAAGCCCCACCACCUCGCACAGCCCGCCUGCCACUCUGCUGGGCCCCUCCCCAUCUGUAGGGCCACACCAGACCAUCAACAUGCUGAAAGAACAGAACAGGCUCCUCACCAAGGAGGUGACGGACAAAGGCCACCGGAUCACCCAGCUGGAGCAGGAGAAGUCUGCCCUCAUCAAGCAACUCUUUGGAGCCCGGGCAGAAAGUACCAAGGACAGCAACCAGCUGGACUCCACCUUUAUUUAG